GGGUACCGUUGGGAAGGUUGCCCACCCUCACCGCGCGGGUUGACUGUGAGAGUGACCCUUCUCCGGAGUGACCCUUGGUGCGGGCUCACGAGGGUCACCCUGCGCCCGCGCGCCUGGAUCUGGCCCCCACGCCCCCCCGCCCCCCCGCCGCGCACCGACGGCCCCUCUUGCCCAGGGCCCCUCCUUGCGUAGGGUCGAGCUUUCCCCCGAGGCCAGGCCCUCCCCGGCCGCGCGCGCCCUCGGAUGGCGACGGCCGGCUCGGGGGCGGCCGCCGCGGGCUUCGACCACACCGUGCUGCUCCGGAGCGACGGCUCCGCCGUGGCCUGCGGGCCGCGCGGGGCCGGGAAGUGCGACCUGCCAGCCCUGCGCCCGGGCCUGACGUACGUGCAGGUUGCAGCUGGGGUGGGCCACACGGUUCUGCUCUGCAGCGACGGCUCGGCGGUGGCCUGUGGGGACAACGGGGCGGGACAGUGCGACCUUCCUGUAUUGGGCCCAGGCCUGACGUAUGUGCAGGUUGCUGCCCGAGGGUUCCAUACAGUUCUGCUCCGCAGCGACGGUUCGGCGGUAGCUUGUGGGGAAAACGGAAGGGGACAGUGCGACCUUCCGGCCUUGGGCCCAGGCCUCACCUACGUGCACGUUGCUGUCGGAGAGGCCUAUACCGUCGCGCUCCGCAGCGACGGUUCCGCUGUGGCCUGUGGGCACAACGGAAGGGGUCAGUGUGACCUCCCAGCCUUGGGCCGAGGCCAGGCAUACGUACAAGUUGCCGCUGGAUAUCACCACACGGUAUUGCUCCGUAGCGACGGCUCGGCGGUGGGCUGCGGGACGAAUGAAAACAGGCAGUGUGACUUGCUUGCCUUGGGCCCCGGCCUGACGUAUGUGCAAGUUGCCGCCGGCGGGUUCCACACUGUCCUGCUUCGCAGCGACGGUUCCGCCGUAGCCUGCGGGCACAAUGGAAGGGGACAGUGCGACCUUCCGGCCUUGGGCCCAGGUCUGACUUACGUGCAAGUUGCCGCUGGAGAGUUCCACUCGGUUCUGCUCCGCAGCGACAGCUCCGCAGUAGCUUGCGGGUCAAACCGGCAGGGACAGUGCGUCAUUCCGGCUGUGUGCUCCGGUCUGUCUUACGAGUUGCCAACGCUUGUGUUGCAGGCGUCAUUUGAUGGUGAUGCAAUUCGGCUGUACAGUGUUGGUGGGGAGGAGAUUGGUCACAUAGGUCACAUCAAAGCAGGAAGUACCGAUCUUCCUUUGAGGAACGUGCUGAAGCACAGUAUUUCAGGCAUGUUCAGCUUUAGAUGUGCGAGCGUUGACGUCAUCCUGCCAGGAGGCAGACUGUUGAGCAAUAUCCCAACCGAACAGACAGUGGGAGAUUUCUUUUCUUCGCUUCAGAGACAGGAUGAAUAAGAGGGAAGUGUGAAGAGAACCAUGACACUGCAAGCGUCCAAGUUGUGUACGGCGUCCGCGAGCACGCGAUGCUCCACAUUCGUAUGCGGAGACGAUCAGUGCGCAUGGACAAACGCGAGUGCCUGAAUUUCAGCUUCCAACACCUUCUUAUGUCCUCUGGCCUGACAGCAAAA